UCUACCUUCCGCCUACCAAGUAAGCAUAGUGUAAUUGGUUCUGCAUCUACAAACCGCUUUGGCUUUCAGUGCACGCCAAGCCAACGCCGUUCGGAAGUCUUCUGUUUCUCUGUCCUGUUGCCUAUCAUCCUUUCUGCCCCCCCUCAAAAAAAACAUUUCUGCCUUCUUCCACCCCAGUCUCGUCUCCAUUCUUCUUCUCAGAGCCCACUGCCUGCGGCCAGCCUUCCAGAUGAGUGACGGGGAGUGUGACUUUUUCUGCUUCUUCCGUUGUUGCUGAGUACGCUCAGUACGCAUCUCAGACAGACAGCAAGUGAGAGAGAGGACGUUCCGGUGUAGUGUAUUCUCAGACCUGAAAAGGGGAGGAGUAGUAAAAAGGGUUGUUGGGGGGGCACAGCCAGGCAAGGGUUCACGAGCCAUUUCAGCCAACCGGAGCGCUAGGAUCCGACAGGUAGGCGGAUCGUCUACCUGUCCGGGGCGCUUGAUCCAGUCGAUCGGAUGUCCGUGGACAUGAACAGCCAGGCAUCAGACAGCAAUGAGGAGGACUUUGGGGUGAACUCUGAGGAAGAGGAGGAUGAGGACGAUGGGGGAGAGGAGGAAGAUCAGGGGGACAUCGCUGAUUACUAUGACGGGGUUGCCAGUGAUGUGGAGCAGCAGGGCGCCGACUCCUUUGACCCUGAGGAGUACCAGUUCACCUGUCUGACCUACAAGGAAAGUCAAAGGGUCCUAACUGAGGAGGUCAACAAUGUGGCAGCUGCACUGAAGGUUCUACCUGCGGUGGCUAAACUGGUCCUUGUGCAUUUCCACUGGCAGGUGUCACAAAUACUUGAUAGACACAAGUCCAACUCGUCUCUGCUGUUGUCUGAUGCCUUGGUUCAGCCCAGUAGCACCUGCAGAUCGGUCACUGCCCCCCAGUCCCUCCAAUGUGGGGUGUGUUUACAAGUCGUGAGGAGGGACGCCUUGCUGGCUCUGCCCUGCCAGCACUCCUUCUGCAAAGCAUGCUGGGAGCAGCAUUGCACUGUACUUGUCAAAGAUGGCAUGGGAGUGGGUAUAUCCUGUAUGGCUCAGGAUUGUUCCCUGCAGAUGCCGGAGGACUUUGUCCUGCCACUUCUACCAGGAGAGGAACUUAAGGACAAAUACAGACGCUACCUCUUCAGAGACUAUGUCGAGAGUCACUUCCAGUUGCAGUUGUGCCCGGGUGCUGACUGUCCCAUAGUCAUCCAAGUGCAGGUGCCCAGGGCACGCAGGGUGCAGUGUAGCCGCUGCAGUGAAGUCUUCUGUUUCAAAUGCCGUCAGAUGUACCACGCACCUACCGACUGUGGAACGAUCAGGAAAUGGCUGACCAAAUGUGCAGAUGACUCUGAGACGGCCAACUACAUCAGUGCACACACUAAAGAUUGUCCUAAGUGCAAUAUCUGCAUCGAGAAGAAUGGAGGCUGCAACCAUAUGCAAUGCUCCAAAUGCAAACAUGACUUCUGUUGGAUGUGUCUAGGCGACUGGAAGACUCAUGGCAGUGAGUACUACGAGUGCAGUCGCUACAAAGAGAAUCCAGACAUAGUCAACCAGAGCCAGCAGGCUCAGGCCAGAGAGGCCCUCAAGAAAUACCUCUUCUACUUCGAGAGGUGGGAGAACCAUAACAAGUCCCUGCAGCUGGAGGCUCAGACGUACCAGAGGAUCCAGGAGAAGAUUCAGGAGAGAGUCAUGAACAACCUGGGCACUUGGAUCGACUGGCAGUACCUGCAAAAUGCUGCCAAGCUGCUGGCAAAGUGUCGCUACACGCUGCAGUAUACCUACCCCUACGCCUACUAUAUGGAGUCUGGUCCUCGCAAGAAACUGUUUGAAUACCAGCAGGCCCAACUGGAGGCAGAGAUAGAGAACCUGUCCUGGAAGGUGGAGCGAGCCGACAGCUACGAGAGAGGAGGAGAGGGGGAGCUCAGCGCCAAUGACAGAGGGGAUCUGGAGAAUCAAAUGCACAUUGCUGAGCAGAGAAGACGCACGCUGCUGAAGGAUUUCCAUGACACCUGAAGCUCUGCCUAGACUGCGACGCACCAGCAUCUGCUCCUCCUUCUUCCUCUUCUUCUUCUUACCUUCCCUCCAUCUCCUUUCAGCGUCAUCCCUUGGUCCACAAAUCCUGGACACCAAUCCCGUUCUUCCCCUUCUCUCCACUCACUCUUUAGCCCCUUCCUAUUUCUGUCUUUCCAUCUUUUGCUCUCAUUUGCCGCAGGGUCACAGAAUGGCAUGAUUGUACCACCCCCUUCUUCUUCCCCUCCUGCUCCUCUUCUUGUUUUUAUCUUUGGGCCUUGGAAGGUCACAUUUGCUACGGUCACACUUGUGAUUUCAAGGCGACUUUUGAGGUCUAAUGGGGAUGAAGAUUACAUUUCAAGAGACUGCAUCACAAGCAACCUUAACCCACCCCCCCCCAUUCUGAAUCUCCUGUGGCUGUGUUUGUUGGCUGUUUUUAUUUCAUGCGAUAUAAUUUAGAGAUCUGGCUGAAGCUGAGAUCUGGAGGGUCAAAGGGGGACCUGCAAUAUUUAGUUAAGGAAUUUAAAGUGUUAUGAGUCGUACUGCCCUAACACUAUUCUUGUUAAAGUAGAAGGAAUGGGACUUGUCAGGAAAGGUAAUUAAAUUAGGAUUUUUUUUCUCCUUUUUUGUAAAAUUACGUUUGAUUAAAUAGAGACAAAAGAUAGAGGUUAGAAGGAAGAGGCUGACUUGAGGCCCUUGAAAAAACCUAGAUCUUUCCUUGUUUCAUACAUUAUCAAUUGGUCAUUACGGGAAUAUUACUGGACUCUGAGGCCAUGACCCUUCUUUGCACUUGGACUUUUUAGCUGGACAUUAAUUAGGCCACCCAGGAGUUGGGUUUAUUUUACUGCCUCAGUUGUAAGUUUCUCUGGGCACAAGUGUCAGCUGAAAUGCCUGAUAUGUCUAAUAUAAAAUGCUUGGCUUCACUUUUGCUGUGGUCUUCCUCUCCAUCUUUUUACAAUGCUCAUAUUCGCAUUGUGGCCAGAUUAUGUCCAGACUGUAGGAUUUUGAAUUUAUAUAUAUAUAUAUAUAUAUAUAUAUAUAUAUAUAUAUAUAUAUAUAUAUAUAUAUAUAUAGUGGUUGUUUUUGUUUAACAUGAAGGCCUGGCAGUUGCCAUGGUCUGGUGUGAUGAGAAGUUAAAAAAGUCGCAUUGAAGUCCUAGCCAAGUGUCAUCGUUAGCCAUUCAUGCACACUACGCCACCACCCAUUGUAAGCAUGCACAACGCACAACACAUGCAUUAACAUGUAAACAUUCACACACUCAUUCUCAAACACUCCACAAUGGAAAAACGAACAUUAACUAUUAAUUUACCCCUUUUCCCUACUUCAUUCUUUUCUUUCUACUUUACACCCAUCUCCUUUUUUGCUCUCGUUUUCUCUCCACUCAUGUUCACUUUUCUUCUGGAAAAUGGCUGUUGAUAGAACAUUUAAAAAAACAAAAAAAAAUGCUGUAAUUUUCAACGGUUGUACAUUAAUACAGAAAUAGAGUUAAUGAGAGUUUUUAAA